AUGGCUUUAUGCCGAUUCGCUUAUUCUCCCUGUUUCCCGAAAUACCCUCCCAAACACGUCAAAUUCCCUUGCCUGCCACUUUCUGCACACUCAUCUUCUUUGUCAUCAACGAUGGAAGCUCCUCUUGAAGGUUACCGCAGAAACGCUGGAAUCUGUCUCAUCAAUAACCACAAAAAGGUUUUUGUGGCUUCAAGGCUGGAUAAUCCCAAUUCAUGGAAAAUGCCCCAGGGUGGUAUUGAUGAAGGCGAGGAUCCGAGAAAUGCUGCUAUUAGGGAACUCAGAGAAGAAACUGGUGUUAUUUCAGCAGAAGUAAUUGCAGAGGCACCUUUCUGGUUAACUUAUGACUUCCCACCAAAAGUCAAGGAAAGAUUAAAUAUUCAGUGGGGAACUAGUUGGAAGGGGCAGACACAAAAAUGGUUUCUUUUUAAGUUCACCGGGCAAGAUCAAGAAAUCAAUCUUUUGGGUGAUGGUACUGAGAAACCUGAGUUUGGGGAAUGGUCAUGGAUAUCAGCGGAACAAGUCAUUGAUCUCACAGUGGAUUUCAGGAAGCCUGUCUACAAGGAAGUACUUGCUGCAUUUGCUCCACAACUCCAGUGA